AUGGCAGCCCAGGUUUCUGUAGACAAGUACCAGAAGGGAGAGCAACAGAUGCAGGGCGGAGUGAAGGUGGACAUUGAGGCUGAGCAGAAGUUCAUGGAGGGGGCACUGUCCGAGGGCCAGAGUCCGAACACUGAAGCACAGAGCCCCAUGGAUGCAGACAAGGCCUCCAUCUACAGACACCCGCUGUUCCCGCUGCUGGCUCUGCUCUUUGAGAAGUGUGAGCAGUCCACCAUGAGCUCGGACUGCAUCACGUCUGCCAGUUUCGACGUGGACAUUGAGAACUUUGUGAGGAACCAGGAGAAGGAGGGCAAGCCCUUCUUCAGCGAGGACCCUGAGCUGGACAGCCUGAUGGUGAAGGCCAUCCAGGUGCUGAGGAUCCACCUGCUGGAGCUGGAGAAGGUCAGUGAUCUGUGUAAGGACUUCUGCAGCCGCUACAUCGCCUGUUUGAAGACCAAGAUGAACAGUGAGACACUGUUGAGCGGAGAGCCAGGCAGCCCCUACUCUCCUGUGCCCACACAGGCCCAGGGCUUCUCCCCCAUCAAGACCCCGACGUCCAACUCUCUGGGGGCCCUCAGUCCGCAGGGCCAGAUCAUGGUCCCAGCCUCAGCUCUGCAACAAGGCAACGUCACGGUCACAGCAGUCAACCCCACUCAGGUGGUGGCAGGAGGCACAGUGUACCAGCCCGUCACAGUGGUCACUCCCCAGGGACAGGUGGUCACACAAGCCCUGUCCCCUGGAACUAUCCGCGUCCAAAACAAUCAGCUCCAGCUGCAGUUUCACCAGGACAUGAACCUGUUCAAUCACGACGACAGCUCCUCAAAGAACAAGCGCGGCGUCCUGCCCAAACACGCCACCAACGUCAUGCGCUCGUGGCUCUUCCAGCACAUCGGACACCCGUACCCCACAGAAGAUGAGAAGAAGCAGAUCGCCACUCAGACCAACCUGACACUGCUGCAGGUCAACAACUGGUUUAUCAACGCUCGCAGGCGGAUCCUGCAGCCCAUGCUGGACGCCAGCUCUUCUGAGACGCCCAAAACCAAGAAGAAGACCCCUCAGAACAGGCCGCUGCAGCGCUUCUGGCCUGACUCCAUUGCAGGAGGGCCCACGCAGCAGGUCACCAUGCCAGACGGCACCAUGGUGACCAUGAGCAUGGAGGGCCUCCAGAGCCUGACGUCAGACGGAGCCACGCUGGCUGUGAGGGAGGUGAUGCUGGGGGGACACAGUGAGGACGAGUCGGGGGACAGUGAAGAAGAUGAUGAUGACAUGUCCGGGCUGGGCCUGGACCAGGACCCUCUGCAGUAG